AUGCGCAAGAGCCUCCAAGAUUUUUACAUUCUUUCACCACGUCUCCUACUUGAUGUCAUACGAAUUCGUCUAUCCCAUCACAAUCUUCCCUUUCAUCUUUGGAGCUGUUUCCUGUCUGCAGCCAUGUCUCGCUAUCACUUUUCCAGCACCUCCCGUGCUCUCUACCGCAUCUUCAUAGCUCCGACCCUCGCGACCCCGGGCCCAUUCCGCCUUCAACAUACUUUCCUCGUCCCACAAGCUGCACGCCUUCUUCCUCAGAUUCCCACACGAGGACUGAAAACUGCCAAGCGGCCUCCUCAACGCUAUACCCUCACUGACGCUUACACCCUGGACAAAGCCAUCGACGCCGACUAUAUCGACUAUGUCGACCUUGAUGGCGUGUUCCACGAGAACGUGUAUAUCCACGACGUGUUUAGCUCAUACAAUCGCGUUACCCAUUACCUUUUACUCGUGACUCCAGCGUCAGUUGACGAAGCAGGAAAUCCUAAACCAGGCAGCUUGCCUGUCUGCAAAAUCGUUGCCAAGAUCGACCUUCGCAUGCAAUUUGAGAAGAAGGUUGCUAUUGAGCGCCGCACACAACUGGGCAAGGGUGUCGGCCCAUCUUCCAAGAAUCUGGAACUGAACUGGGCUAUUGAGGCAGGCGACCUGAAGCAUAGGUUGAACAAGAUGCGCGGAUUCUUGGAAGAAGGGAGGAAGGUAGAGGUACUCAUUGGGCCGAAGAGGAAAGGCCGGGUAGCAACGGAGCAGGAAUGCGAAAAUCUACUGCAAUCAAUGAAGAGUACUGUACAGGAGAUAAAAGGCGCACGCCAAGUCACGGAGCCGGAGGGAGCUAUGGGUGGUGUGAUGACGUUUGUCUUCGAGGGACAGAAAUUGGAGGGUGCCGAAGAGAAAGAAGAGAAUGAGAAGAAGAAAGACAAAGUCAAACUUCGAGAGGAGAAGAAGGCCGAGAACAAACUGCGACAGGAAAAGAAGGAUGAACGGAGAAGAAAGAUGCAAGAGACAGAUCCCAGACACCGAAAGGAUAGAGAGGCUGCAGCUGUAGUAUGA